UGUUCAUUGCGUCGCUGAUUAAUUUGGGGUUGGUUUUGUCCGUCGAUUGGUGAAGGGUCUGGUUAGAGGGGGGCGGCGCGAUGAGCCAGGUGUUCGAGGGGUACGAGCGGCAGUACUGCGAGGUGUCCGCCAAUCUGUCGCGGAAAUGCACGGCAGCCGCCGCUCUCAACGGAGAGCAGAGGAAGCAGAAGCUUUCUGAAAUUAAAGCUGGCUUGGAUGAUGCCGAAGCCCUGAUUCGGAAAAUGGACCUUGAGGCACGGAGUCUGCAGCCAAGCGUCAAAGCAACGCUUCUUGCCAAGUUAAGGGAAUAUAAAACUGAUCUGAACAAUUUGAAGGCCGAUGUAAAACGACUUACAUCUCCAAAUGCUAAUCUGGCUGCCAGAGACGAGUUACUGGAGUCGGGCAUGGCAGAUGCAAUGAUGGUUUCUGCUGAUCAAAAAGGGAGACUUUUGAUGUCAACAGAAAGAUUAAAUCACUCAACUGACAGAAUUAAAGAAAGUAGAAGGACAAUGCUUGAAACAGAGGAACUCGGUGUCUCAAUUCUUCAAGAUCUGCAUCAACAACGCCAAUCCCUUCUGCAUGCUCAUAACACUCUUCAUGGAGUGGAUGACAAUAUCGGCAAGAGUAAAAAGAUUUUGACUGCCAUGUCGAGAAGGAUGAGCAAGAACAAGUGGAUCAUUGGCUCCAUCAUCGCAGCCCUAGUCGCCGCCAUCAUUCUGAUCCUUUAUUUCAAGCUGCGUUGAUGUCAUCGCAUGGCUUAGACGCAUCAUUAUCCGCUCAAUUGUUGAUGGCUUUUCCAUGGUGUGAAUGUACGCUAUACUUAUUGCAAAUUUUUUGUCUUCUUAGAGCAUGACGAUGUAUGUUUUGCUGAGCUGAGUCUUUCUUUGAGCGAU